CCGAACGAAGGUUGAUGUCUGUUGGGCAAACCGAGAGGCACGAAGAAUUGAAUGUAGGAUUAGGCCAGAUGUUUUGAUGUUUGUCAACUAGGUAGUGAGAGCUGCGAUCAUUUAUGAUAAAUAUUAUGAAAAACGUUAAAAAACGGGCGAAUCAUUAGACGUCGAGUUUGUUUUCUGUUAAGUUCGUUGAAAAUGAGUUAGGACUAGAUAAUUAAACAAUGGAUUGGUUCAAAAGUGAAGUAUAUCUUCUUUUAUUGUGUGUGUCUAGUGUUUAUAAUGAGGAUAUCCAAUCUUUUAUCAAAGAAGAUUUUUCACAUCCUACACUCGAUUUCCACCAACAUUCGAUAGUUGAGCCAAUUUUGUACCAUGGACGACACAAAAGAAGGAUACACACAACAAAAGAAUCGGAUGGUCUGCAUGCCGAGCAUCUGCUAAUAAAGUUGAAAAUUUUAGACGAAAUUUUUUUACUAGAUCUCGUACUGAAUAAGCAGUUGCUUUCAGAUGGGUUCUUCCAUAGGUAUCAGGCCAAUGGUACUGAUAUGGUCCACAAACACAACAACAAGGACGUGGACCUUUGCGAUUACCACGGUAAGGUUAGGGGCAAGCCUGGAUCCUGGGCAGCAAUUUCGACAUGCGAUGGUCUAGAUGGCGUGAUAUACGAUGGCAGUGAACUACAUUACGUUUCAAGGCACAGGGAUAGUCAGGAAGCAAGUACGGGCAACAUGGCCAGUAAACAUUUUUUGUACAGCCACUCUAAUUUAGCGGAAAACAAUAAAACUUGCGGGUACAAGGGUAGGAAUGAGGAAGACCAUCACCACAAGCCAAUUCUCAGGUACAAAAGAGAUGUAGAUCAUAGUGAACUGAUUCGCGGACCUUACAAUGCAAAUAAGGAAUCAAAAUAUGUAGAAUUAGUUCUAGUCAUCGACAAUAGGGAAUAUAAGGAAUUGGGAGAGAGUAGACAAAGAGUUAUACAACAUUGUAAAACUAUUGCCAACAUUAUAAAUGGACUGUAUUCUCCGCUCAAUAUUUUCAUAGCUCUAGUAGGUGUAGUUAUAUGGACAGAAAGGGAUGAAAUAAGUUUUUCCAGAGAUGGGGACACAACACUUACAAAUUUUUUACAUUAUAGACGAGAAAAACUUAUUAAGGACCAUCCCAAUGACAAUGCACAAUUAUUAAGUAAGUUCAGUUUCGACAAUGGAGUCGUAGGAAAAGCACUCAAAGGUCCAAUUUGUACAUACGAAUACUCAGGAGGUGUAAAUACUGACCACUCCCCUGUCAUCGGACUUGUGGCCACAACAAUAGCACAUGAAAUGGGGCACAAUUUUGGUAUGGAACACGAUACUAAUGACUGCCAGUGUCCCGAUUCCCGUUGCAUAAUGGCCCCAAGUAGUUCGGCUGAAGCCCCGACCCACUGGUCAUCUUGCAGUUUGAACUACCUUCUCUUAGCGUUCACCCAUGGUAUGGAUUAUUGUUUGAAAAACAAGCCACAAGCAUUGUUCGACAGUCCUGUUUGUGGCAAUGGGUUCGUUGAGCCUGGUGAACAGUGCGAUUGUGGACUGCCCGAACACUGCGAAAACACUUGCUGCAAUGCGACAACUUGCAUGCUUUACUCAAAUGCUAGUUGUGCAACUGGAGAAUGCUGUGAUUUAUCGACUUGCAUGCCAAAAAAUGCAGGAGUUUUAUGUAGAUCUGCAGACUACGAAUGUGAUUUGCCAGAAUACUGCACAGGACAGUCAGAAUUCUGUCCACCUGAUGUUUAUAAAGUGGACACUGAAGUUUGUGACAAUGGAAAGGCCUAUUGUUAUCAUGGAUUCUGUAGGACAAGAACAGACCAAUGCAGAUUACUUUGGGGUGAAACUGGCAAGUCGAGCGAUGAACAGUGCUAUAAAAUGAAUACCAAAGGGACCAGACAUGGCAAUUGCGGCUACAAUAAGUUCAACAAAUCCUUCACCAAGUGUCAAAACGAGAGUGUAUUAUGUGGCAUGCUGCACUGUAAACAUCUCAACGAACGUCUCGAGUUUGGAAUGGAGACGGUGGCUAUCUUAUCUCAAAGUUUCAUCAAUUCUAAGGGUACGAUAAUACCUUGUCGGAAUGCAAUUGUGGAUUUGGGAAUCAAUCAGAUAGAUCCUGGAUUGGCGCCAGAUGGAGCAUCUUGUGGAGAUGGAAAAAUGUGUGUGAACCAAAAAUGCAUGAGGGUAGAAAGCUUGAGGAAGGAGUGGCUAACCUGUCCGAACGAUUGCAACAACAAUGGCUGGUGUAACAACUUGGGACAUUGCCACUGCAAACAAGGUUUUGCACCACCCGAUUGCGAAUAUCCUGGCCCUGGAGGAUCUGAAGAUAGCGGUCCUGCCAGUGAUCCAAAUAGAAAUCAAGUCUACGUUCAACUAAUGUUUAUCGUCUUUCUGGGCAUUAUACCGGCUAUAGCUCUUUGCGCGUUCAUCUACUAUUAUCUAAAGAGAAAUAGUGUCUAUGGAAGCCAUAUGAAGAGCCUCCCCUCAAUAUCUUCAUCGCGUCAGUUGAAAACCGUGGAAGAUGGGAACGGUGGCAAAGGUUUUAUGGACCCGACUAAAAGGGGAGAAGACAACCAUUCUCUUCUACAAGGGGAUUCGUCCACCCCCGUAGGUUUUCAGAUAGGUUUCUUCGGACAUUUCAAAAUUUCUAUAAAUCCCGCAAAAUUAGACACCAAUAAGCGAAGGGUACUUCGACCACCUCCUCCGUUACCAGCCGGACCAUCAUUGACCGAGGUGAACUUGAACACCAGCAUUGAACCUAUAAGACCUGCGCCAAUGCCACCUAGUACUUUCCAAAAAGAGAUCGAACCUGUUAGGAUCGCCCCACCUCCACCAGUGGUUUCUGUAGCUGCGAAUUCUCCCCCUCAAAAUGUCACCUCGAUCACGCAAAACAGUACUUUAUAUCCCACCCCUCAAACUAAUACUGCAUCGUCGGUAAAUACGCUUAGAUCCAAUUUUUUCAAUAAACCGCUUCGAGCUCCUUCUUUCAAGAAGAAUCCCAUCGUUAACAUCGUGAAUCAAACGGAUACAGCGCCUACUUUGCCUCCUCCGAACCCUAACCACUCAGCUAGGCCGAUUAUCUCAUCGCCAGUUCUUGAAAGUUCUACCUCAACUGCGAAGGAACUUAUGUCACCUCCUCGUAAAACACCAGUGAUACCUGUACAGCCACAAGUGUUAAAAGUUGAACCAAGCGUGCAGAUUAAGAGUAACGAUGUUGUGGACACUGUUUCACCAAUUAUACCCACAAAUACCGUAACAUUCCCCAGUACCAACACUUUGAAGAAGGCUCCUAAAGAGAACGCUAUUUCCUUAAAUAGAAUUACAUCUUUCUUGAAGCCUACCGACAAAAAACCAACUUUACAACACAAACCGUCUCAAAUCAAAGCGAAUAAAAUAGAUAGGAAUCAACUUCGGACUAUGGAAAUAUCCAAUCCCAUACCCCAAUCUACAAUAGAUGUACCCCAAACUGCCGUUCCAGCAAAUUCACAAACAACACAGGCUGUGGUGAUGCGUUCUAAAAGCAUGAGAAGUGGAGAUGUAAAAAAGAGACCUGCUAUCCAAACUUUUGGUUCUAUGCGUCAACCACCUGGUUUUAAAAGACCUGUUAGUAUACCGUGUGGAGUUAGACCAAAAAUACCCCCACCUCCUAGACCACCAGCUUUCAGUCAGAAUGAGUAUGACGAUUGUUUGAACAAAGAAGAUAGGUUGGACAGUCCGCCCAGUACAGAUAAUAUUUACGCUGUUAUAGAAGAAUCUCCCACCAAAAGUCCAGAAACGACAAAUGCUAACGAUUCAUUGGGACUACUGGGUGAAAUAGUCUCCGAAAUAAAGAAUAGAAAUUUCGAUUCUAUUUACUCAACUUCUACUUUAGCCAGGAAGAAAAAAGAAGAAGAAGAAAUGAAAAUGAAAGAAGUCAAUACAGAUAGUAUUUCUACUGAUAUUGAGAACACUUACAGUAACAUGGGUAACAUGAAAUCUAGUGCCAGUUCUACAUCUAGCGGAUAUAUUCAACCUAAUACCCAAAUUUCAGCUGGUUACGUUCAGCCUUCAACGUUACACAAACCAGUUGAAAUAAGUAGUGUGAAUGAAUUGAAAGAAGUUAAAGACGCAAAAUCAGAAAUACCGCCGAAGGUAUUAAAAAAAAAUAAUUCUAAAGAUAAACUGUUAGGUGAAACUAACAAUAAACCUAAGCAAAAAGAAACACCAACAAACAAACAAACUACUCCAGUAAAUUUAAGGAGUAGAAAGCCAUCGCCAAGUGGUGCUAGAAAUAGACUGACCAACAACAGUCCUGAUUUAGUUACUAGCUGUAACUCUAAGUCGAAUAAACCACCUGAUGUGCUAAAUCGAGCUAGUAGUACUCAAAAAAAACCUACAGUUAGUGUAAAACCCAAUGUAAAUAGUACUCCUAAGACUGCUUCAAAAGUUGGUACUAAACCUGUUCCGGGUAGGGUUUUACCAACAAAAAAAUCAAGUGACGAUCUUAAAGCAGACAGUAAGAAAACAGACACGUCUUCGGGAAAAGAUUCCAAAACAGCGAUUAAAAAUUUGCCAAAUCGUAGUAGUUCUAGGGUUGCUGCGUUGCAACAAAAAUUUCAACAAUAAUACACAAUAUUCACAGGGUGACUUAGCUUCAAAUCAAACUCGAAUUAUAAACUUACAAAUCACUUCUAGUGUUCAAAUUUUUUAAAAUACUUUAUGAUAAAACCAAAAUCAUAUUGAAUUUGGAAAUUGUGUUAGUUAAUUAUUCGAAGGAUUCCGCUUUUUAUAAUACAGGAUUUUUCUUUAAGUGAAAAUUAGAUAGUACAUUUUUUUGAGAACUAAUCUCGAAUUAUUGUUCUUUCGUCGAAUAUAUAACUACGGCACCUCAGACCCGAGGUAUAAAUUUAUACAGUGAUAAAAAAUUCGUCCAAGAAUUGUUUUCUACAUUCAAGACAUCACAUUUUCAUUGUUCAUUUACAUUUAAUUUUUUCUCAUACUUGAUUUUGCAAGAUUUUGACGAAGUGUUAUUGUAGUUUAUUAUUAUUUGACUUGAAAGGAGCAGAAGGCUGGCCUUCAUAUAUAUUUUCUUCAUAUUGAAAAAGUGUCCUAAAAUAUGUAGGACUAACAUAAUUUUGACCAUGCCUUUCAAAAAAACUGUGAUAUCUUUUUUGAACUAUAUUUCGAUAACUUGUUGUAAGAAGCAUCUAACAUUUCAUCAAAAUCUUGAAUGAAGUUCUAGACAAUGUACUGAUAACCAGAUGAGCAUUUUAAUAAACAUUGUUGUGGAAAUGCUCAAAAUCUCCAUUUCAUUUCCAUUUUUCAAAAAAAUGCAUUUAAUAUACAUGAAAUUUGUAUAAGGGCCCUAUUUUUCUCUACCCAUUUUUCUUUUUUGUAAUGGCAGCUGUGAUUCGAGAGAUUUGUUUGGAAACUGAAUUAAUUAAAUUUUAUGUAUUAUUAUGGAUUUUAUUGAGAUUAUGGGUAGUAUUAUAUUCUUAUACUCUAUAAUGUAACUAUUACAAUUCAAAUAGCUCGAUUGAAAGACAUACAUAUUUCACAAAUCGUGUCCCACUUAUGGCAAUUUUUAGUGAAUUUCGAAAGCUGUGGUUUUGUUUUCCUUUCAUACUAGUUUUGAUUCUAGAUACAUUUAUUUGUUUAUUUUGAAAGACAAUCAAAAUGGUCGUAUUAUUCUUAAGAAUGUACAUUCAUAUUAUAAAUAUAGAAUUAACUGUUCGAAACUUUUUUGUAUAUAAAAACCAAAGAAUUAGUUUCUCAUGUGAAUAAGUACGUUAUUUCAUUAUAAACAUUUGUAAAACAUAAUUUAAAUGAAUAUAUAUUUAUUGCAAAA